AUGGGAUGUUCGAAGUGGGAUCAUUGUGCAGAUUUUGCACGAUCUGAAUCAGGCGGUUUUGCUCGAACUGGAUCGCUUGCGGUACUGAAAGCGAUAUUCGGAAUGGUUUGCUCGGUCUCUGACGCACCGAUUCGCAUCAUUCACCUCUCGGCUGGCAUCAAACCGAACACUGAAUUAUGCGACAAUAUCCGUCCAACCUCAGAUUUGACAGUGACAUGA